CCUUUCUCUAUUUUUAACCAUCUCCACUUUAAACUGCUCGCUACGCUAAGACUCACCGGUCACCGCCGCCGUGCGCUCUCGUACUUCCAGGUGUCCUCGUCCACCGUUCACAAUCCAAUUAUUUCUCACCGCAGCUUGCUGAACUCCUUUUCUUCUUCUUUUCGCCUUCACCUUCACCUUCACCUUCACCUUCGCUGCCUCUUCAAUUGCUACUUGCUACCUGUAUUUGCAAAUGACCGCGGCUGCAUAACAUUCACGCCUCCGCCGAGCAUCUCUACUCUCCGACCAAAAUCAAGCUCCACCGCUCGCACAAGGUACGCAUGUUCGCUGAUAGAAUUCGCUUUCGCGUGCGAAAAUUCACUUUCCGACGGUCUCUCAUAUUCCAAUGACGGAAAGGGCCCGGGCAGCUGCCGCCGCCGCUUCACAACACCAGCGCUGUCUCAAGAGAUCUGAUGAACCGAGUGACAGGAUCAGUGAACUGCACGAUGAGAUCCUGUGUCAUAUACUGUCUUUCCUGACACUUAAACAGGCAGCCGCCACUAGCGUCCUUUCUAGUCGCUGGAGAUACUUGUGGCAUCCAUACAUUGCAUCGACUUUAAUGCUGCAGCCACCCAUGAGAGAAGAGCUAGAUUUCCAUAGCUGCCUACUGGGAUUGGGUCAGCAACAUAUAGCAGAUGGUGCUAAGGAGAACUAGAGUUCCAAAACUCGGGACAAAUUCAAUAACUCUCUUUACUUGACUAUAGAGUAUAAGGAUGGUGUCGACCGCUGGGCUCUUUGCAUUUCUCUGGGUGGUUGGUUCAAAAGCAGGAACUGUAAUUUCAAUAAGGCUUUUGGACGAUGCAAGAGCCUUCCAAGCAUUGUUUUUCUUCCUCACCAAGAAGCAGAAGUGAAAUUGUGUAGCUUUAAGAGAACUGUCCCGGCAGGCCUUGGCACUUGUAAGUGUUGGACCUUGUUGGGAAGCACUGUGGUUGUGAGUCGUGGCAUUGAGUUCAUGCAGCAGCAUUCCUAGGGAUGACUUGUUAUGGUUCCAACCUUACCAAGCCGGUUAUCCAAUGAUAAAUUAAAAAAACGGCUAGUGGCUGACAAUCUCCCCUUGCUGAGCAGAAGCUGAUAGGAAAAUAGUAUCUUCAUUCCUCAAGUUAAGUUAAGCUGGUGAUUCUAUGAUUCAAAACCAAUCCGCUCCAUGGGUUGCUGUUGUGCGGGUUGUUGUUCGCUCCAAGCAGACUAUCACCUUUUCUGAUCUUCAUUCGACUCAUGUAUUUCCUUUAGCGCUUUGCUCCUCGUCCUGGUAAUCGAGUUGUCCAUUUACUAUGACGACGUGCCUCCUAGUUGUCUAUCUUAAGGUCAUCUUCUUUCGAUUUUUGUUAUGUAAGCUCCUCUUAUGGGGAAAAUAAGACUCUACAUCACUGUUUCCAUUUCAAAAUUUCACUGUAUUUAAGCUCGAUAACAGUUAUUUGUGACGCUAGUUAUUAAUUCUUAAAUCCGCAUUAUUUGUGGUGCUAGUUAUAGAUUAAUAAAAUAAAGUAGUAGUAACCUGGG